AUGGCUUUCUUCCUCGUUCCACGACCAUAUUACGAAGAGACGACAGAUCUAUGGGAGCCUGUAUACAUCAAACAUCCCAUUCACGACUGUUCUUUUCUCAUUCUAGGACGCCGCCAACAAGUCAUUGAAGACGGCACGGAGCGCCUCGGCAUUCUACACUGGUUCGUCCUAGAUGCAUGCCUUGUCAUCGCGGGUAGGGGCUUUCUCUCAUCAACACCAGACCGCUCCGGGAAGAUAUCUACCGAAGAAAAUGGCCUUCUGACUGGUUGCAAGUAUUGGUACUUUCUUGACGACCAUGAUGACGACGACCACGAUAUAUGCACGGAUUUCUCGGAAUGGACGCCAUUACCCCGAGAGGAGGUCCCAGAACGACGGCUCGUGAUAGAUCAAAACAAGAAAAGUAUACCGAACCCGCCGCAGGAGGAAUCGUUUAGCGCUAUCGGUUCUUGCAUCACACAGGAAGACCGUCUCUGCAUCCUUUCUGGUGUGAACGAGGAACUCCGUGCGGUCCAUCUGGUACCCCAGGCCUACGCGACAUGGUAUCAUAGCCACCUGGUCUUUCAGCAGUACACCUUCGAAUCACCACUCACAGCUCCCAAAGCCCGCCCUAUCGACGAUAUCUGCCAAAUCGACACCCUCGAAUCCGGUCUGCAAAAAGUCAUGAACCGCCCUUCGUUCGUCUUUGCUCCAUUCGGCACUCAAUACACUGCGUUCUUUUUCGCUGCACGGAAUGUUAGUUUGGUGGAGCGUUAUCACAUGCGGAGCGUUAGGUUGCCUGAACGUAUUGAAGGGUAUGCGCUGUUUGCUCGAUUCGCGUGGGCGAUGACGACUAUUGCGUACGCGCUACCUCCAUACAUGGUCCCUGGGAACAGGAAACGAAAGCGUUCUGACGCGUCGAAUCAAUCAGGACCUAGCCGACAGCGCAGAACCGAAGGAUAUGAUUCUACUGCUGGCGAUGACGGGACUGAAUCGAGUUCUGAGGACGACAGCGACGUUCACAACUCAUCUGAUGAUAACGACUUCUCGGAAAAUACCAGGUCUUCUGACGAUGGACUCGGACAUUUAGACCCAGAAUCAGUUCUCAAUUUUUUGAAGGAACGAGAGCUAGAGCUAACAGACCGUCAGGUUCAGCAGUUUCGUGAUGCAGAAGAUGGAACCAAACCGUUACCGGCAUUCAUAUAUGACGUACUGAACUAUUAUCCCGGAUCUAGUCGUGCUGAAGAAUUGAGAAGAUACAUUGCGGAACAUCCCACCGUCUGGGCGAUAGGAGAACCUACAACGAAGCGUCAUUAUGAGCCCAUGAUUGGAUGCUGGGUGACGAAACCGAGAAGCCCUAGAAUGUAG